AUGCAGAACAUCACAAAUAUAUUUAACUUACCUUUUUUAUACAUUUGUUUAAUCGGAAGUACAGCCUAUUGUUUAUGGUAUCUGGAUAAAAAAAGGGUUUCAGAUCCGAAUUACCGCAAGAAUGUAAAGAAUACUAGACAGUCCGCCGAGUUAGUGAGAUCAAAAGCAUUCAAAUCACGGUCCUCGACAUUUCCUUCACCCUAUGACUCGGCUGGGAGACUGAAUUUUGCGCUGUGCAAAAUCAAACAAGCUGAACAGUGCGUAGAGGCAGCGAUUGGUGACAGGGCCUACAUGAGCUGUGGAAGCUGCAAAGGAGAAGCAACCGACAUUGGUUGCAGAGAAGAGGCGGCUGUCUGCAUUGCCGAAGCUUUGUACGUAUUAAGCUUUCGAGAAGCUAAGGUUAUGUUGGCGCAGUCCAAGUCCUUACUACCGCUGGAAACUUACAAUCUGGUAUGCAACAAAUACACCGAACUUAAGAAAAACGUCUGA